AUGUAUCCUGCUUCAUCUAAUGACCAUAUUAUGCCAGAAUCCCAGCUAAGAAAAAUGGGGAGCGUCGAAGGACCGCAAACGUUUUGUCUGAAGUGGAAUCACCACAAGACCAAUUUGGUGGAAAUCUUAGAAGCUCUCAUCAAAGGGGAGACAUACGUGGACUGCACAUUAGUGGUCGACGACCAGGUCACCUUCAAGGCCCACCGAGUCGUUCUGGCUGCCAACUCCCCCUACUUUCAGUCCAUACUGGCUGAUGUACCAAUGGAUCACUGCAGCAUCCUUUUCCCUGGUGUUAAAGAUUACGAGAUGCGUGCUCUUCUUGAAUACAUGUACACGGGUGAGGUGAAUGUGACGCAGGCGCACAUCCCACACAUUAUGAAAGUAGCUGAACAACUAGAAGUAAAAGGUCUCUUCGAUAUGACGGAACUACGAAGGCGGCCAGGCAGCACCGAGCGCACUCCAGCCGCGUCCCCGCCGCGCGUGGUGCCCGCUGCGCCCUCCAGUGUGUCGCCGCCUGCACCCGCGCCUCCCUCGCGCUGGCCACCACCACCCGCCGCACCAGUCCUUUCCGCAGCCUACGAUUCUGCUGACAUGAAUCCUCUCAAACGUAAGAAACUAUCCAGCAUGCUAGCCACUCGUGACACUCCAAUCUUACGAAAUGUUCUCGCUCAAACCUCUCCAGUGGAUUCAUCGCAGCCAAUGUCACUUGUUUGCCAUCCUGUUAGUCAACACGCACCACCUCGGCUGCACUCCAAUGGUUCGGCACAUGAAUCUGAACGCGCCUCGAGUCCUCAUCGCGGUUUUGACUACCGCCCUCGUAGACUAUCCUCGCGAGCUUCAUCCCCUCACUACACCAGAUCAGACCGGUCAGAAGAUGCUCACUCUCCAUACACAGAAAGAUCUUUUGAGGAUGAAAGUCAACGCACUUUCCAUCCGUCUCCACCCCCUACUAAUUUCCAACAAGACGUGAGAGCUGGGUUAGCGCCGUACGUACCGCCGCAACAGAAACCGGAAUGGAAGCGGUAUAAACAAUACACAAGAUCGGAUAUUUUAUCAGCAAUUGAAUGCGUGCGAAACGGGAUGAGUGCAUUGCAGGCAUCACGAAAAUAUGGCGUUCCCUCACGUACGUUGUACGAUAAAGUGAAGAAACUUGGAAUAACAACCAGUCGCCCUAUGAGUAGGGGAGUCAAAAGAGAAUCAAAUGGAGCAGCAUUCCCUUAUGGUUUGACAGGAACAGGAGGCGGAGGUGAAGAUGGUAACCCAUCGACGCCUUUGAUAGAUCCAUCCUUUCUGCAACAAGCGCUAGAAGGAGCCAGAGACGGAGGGCGAGAAGCACUACACGCGAUGGCACUGGCCGCGGCCGCACACGCCGCGCUGGCUCCCCGCACGCCCCCGCGGUCGCCGCCGCACUCGCCACGCUCGCCUGCGCAGGAUGACGAUCAUGUCGAAGAUUUGUCAGUACCUCGUCGCCGCGACAUAGACCAGCCGCCGGGUGUUAUUGUUCCGCCGCGUAACUUUGCAUUAGAUUGUGGAAGCGAAAGAGAUUGA